AAUUCCUAUUAUGGCCUCCAGUUCUGAUGUCAUUAAGCCUGAAGCGUUCGACGGCGCAAGCUUUAAACGCUGGCAGAUUAAGACUCGCAUGUGGCUCACUGACCUAAAAUUAUUUUGGGUAGUGACGUCGGCUGUUCCCCAGGCUGCAUCAGAUGAUGCUGAUGAUGCAGCGAAGGCCGCCGCACUAGCGGAGAAGGCCAAGUGGGACGAAGCCAAUGAGGCAUGCUUGUCUCGUCUGCUGAACGUCUUGUCGAACCGCUUAUUUGAUGUGUACUCUCGUUUCACCUCCGCCAAGGGUCUAUGGACUGAACUUGAGAACGAGUUCUCUGAAGUUGACAAUGGCAAUGAGUCAUUCACAACGGAAAACUACCUCAACUAUAAAAUGGUUGAGGGAAGGUCUGUUAUGGAGCAGCUACAGGAGAUUCAACUCCUUGUUAGGGACUUGGUCCAAUAUGGUUGCGUCCUACCAGACAGUUUUCAGGUGAAUGCAAUACUGGCAAAGCUCCCGCCUUCUUGGCGAGACUUUGUGACUUCACGCCGCCACAUGAAGAAGCAAUUGACUCUCACUGAGUUGUCAGCUGCGAUUAAUGUGGAAGAGCGUGCAAGGUCCAGUAACAAGCCAUCCCAGCAACUCCAGGCUCACGUUGUUGAGAAGGGUGGAGAUAGAAAAUUCCAGAAGAAGAAGAACUCUCCACAGAAGAAUAUGAACCAACCUAAGUCCAAAAAGAUGAAGAAGAAAAAGGAGGACUUUAUCUGCUACGUUUGUGGAGUCUCGGGGCAUACAGCUCGGAGAUGCAAACUUAGGAAGGGAAAAGGUCCUCCACCUCAGCGCAAAGAAGGGAACGUGGUGGUUAACUCCACCCCAGGGGAUUCAACAGCGCACCAGUCUUGAUGGGAAAUGGUGUUCCGGCAGCAGUUCGAGGUACUGGACAGGUCUACCUGAAGUUAACUUCAGGAAAGACGCUCGUGCUGAAGGACGUACUCUAUGUGCCAUCGAUGAGCCGGAACCUCAUUUCAGUGUCGCUGCUAUGUCGACAGGGUCUCAAAUUAGUGUUUGAGUCUAAUAAAGUGGUCCUGUCUAAGUUUGGUACUUUUGUUGGAAAGUCAUAUGAGUCAGGCGGUUUGUUCCGUCUUUCUGUUUUGAACAAUCAUUCUUCUUACCAUGUUAAUGUGGUCUGUAAUAACGAUUCCAUUAAUAAUAUAUGGCAUUCCCGUUUGUGUCAUGUGAA